AUGGGUCCGAGCCAGAAGCCUGGUUCUGCAGGAGUACGAUUCCCUGGAGCGGUAGACAGCAAAUUUACAUCCUCACUCUCCUUCGAACAUCCCUCAACCUAUACUGCUAUCCCAACCUACCGCACUAUGUCUCCCGACGGCGAUAUUCUCGAUCCAUCCGUCGUGCUCCCUUCGGAUGAAGCGGCUUUAGAAAUGUAUCUCAACAUGGUUAGAGUAUCAAUCAUGGAUGUUAUAAUGGUUGAGGCGCAGCGUCAAGGACGUUUAUCAUUCUACAUGCCAAGUCAGGGUGAAGAAGGUACAUGUGUGGGCUCUGCAGCUGCGUUGGAGAAAGGCGAUGUGAUUUUUAGAAGGGGAAGGAAUAUGCCGGUGCAUUAUGGGAGUAAAGAGUUGAAUAUUCACUCCAUAUCGUCACCCCUCGCAACUCAAAUCCCUCAUGCUGCUGGUGCAGCUUAUGCAUUGAAAAUGCAGCGUCUGUCCAACCCAUCUCUCCCUCCACGAGUAGUAGCAUGCUACUUUGGCGAAGGAGCUGCCUCUGAAGGUGAUUUCCACGGUGCUCUCAACAUAGCCGCUACACGUUCCUGCCCAGUGAUUUUUAUAUGUCGCAACAACGGAUACGCCAUCUCCACUCCAACACUCGAGCAAUACCGCGGCGAUGGAAUUGCCAGCCGAGGAACAGGUUACGGAAUCGAUACCAUCCGAGUUGAUGGAAACGACAUCUGGGCCGUACUACAAGUGACCAAAAAAGCCCGCGAACUAGCACUAAAAGAUGGUGGACGACCCGUCCUCAUCGAAGCAAUGUCCUACCGAAUAUCCCACCACAGCACCUCUGACGAUUCCUUCGCCUACCGCGCACGCGUCGAAGUAGAAGACUGGAAACGUCGUGACAAUCCCAUUACACGACUACGAAAAUACCUCGAGAAAAGAAAGGUAUGGGACGAAGCCAAAGAAAUAGAAGCUAGAACGAAUAUCAAAAAAGAAGUCUUGAAGACGCUGAGCGAAGCGGAAAAAGAAAAGAAACCACCGAUUAAAAGUAUGUUUGAGGAUGUGUAUAAGGAGAUGACGCCGGAUUUGAGGGCGCAGAUGCAAGAGUUGAGGAGGGUCAUGGAGGAGUAUCCUGAUGAGUAUGAUGUUGGCGAGUUUGAGGGGGGUGUGGCGAGUUUGAAGUGA